AUGGUGGUGGAGGCCGUGAAGCUGGCUGGCAGGGUACCGCGUGGAAGAUGUGUGGAGCAGGUAAAAAGUGGCUGGAGAACGAGGGUCGAACGAGGGGGCAAGUUUACAGGUCUAGACUCUAGAAUAGAAGAAGACUGGUGCUUAAAUGCGGUUGAGCGGCUUGGCCUGGGAUGCAUGCAUGGUGUCGGGAGGUUUGGAGUGGUCAUUUCAUGUACGGCAAGCAUCUAGUGUUAAAGUGACAAAUGGCCUGGUACUACUGUAUGAGGCCAGUU